UUGCCUCUUCCUUUCGGUUUCUUAGCAUGUGUAAUAAAAGAAUAAACGGGGUGCCGCGUUUAGUGUCGCAUUUCAUGGGAAGCUCUGAAAUGCAUACAACUGAAAAUAGUCUUUGAACGCACCAUAAUAUGGUUAUCACCACUGAAAAUAGUCUUUGAACGCACCAUGCCAUCGAUGUCACCUUCGACUUGUGCAAGAUACCACCACAUUGCACAAAACGUUUCGAAUACAAACUGCGAGAAUUUUGAGGUCCUUCGCGAUUCUUAAAAUAGUCAUCGAACAUCAAACGGAGUUGGAGCGCGCGUAAAUGAAGUCUGAGGAAGGUUCGUUGGACGCACGACGCGGAAGUGGAGCUUCGAUCCCAGCUGAUCCGAAUAUGGCACCCAGAGAUCCACUUCUCAGCGCCCUCAAAGUGUGCUUGUUAAACUUGCAAUCUGAUGAUGGGCAGACGGUGACGGACAGCAGCCCUCACCUCACCUCUUGCUGCCAGCUUCUCGAGCUGGUCCUCAGGAAAGGACUACAACAGCCAGUCCUCAGUCUGGUUCGUAGAGACUACUGGCAAUGUUUUGAGCAGCUUCCCCGCAAAGAUACAUGUGGCAGGCUGUGUAGUGUGGCGUGGGCUGUGGAACAGACUAAAACUUGCAGGAAGCUUAUCUCAGCUCAGGGCCGAGGCCGUUACCUGCUCAGAUUGGCUCUCGGCCGCAAGACCCUGCCACAGUUGGUCACUCACCUCCUGCACACCCCCAGAAUCUUGGAGUGGUACAGCGAAACCUUCUCGAUCCUCAGGAAUGAAGAAUUUUUAGAAACUUUCAUGUCCCUGCUCUUGGUUCUCUCGCAAAUGGAGUUCAAACUGGACAUGGAGAAUUGUAGUUUCUUGGAUGAAAGCUGGCUUUUACCGGUGUGCGAGAUAUAUGAAGUGGUGCCGUGUCGACAGGUGGGAAUGGUCUUGAGCUACCUCAACGGGCGCGUCUUCCUCCUGGAUAUGGUAUCUGGCGGCCAGGCGCAUGUUGACCAGUUUAUCAGCCGCGGCGACGUCAUUGACGAGAUCAAUGGCAUCUGUUUGAGGAAUUCCAGAAACGGACAGGCAGGUGUGGUUCUGUCACGUCUGAAAGGCUGCUUCCUGUCCAUCCGUGUUGUGCGUUGGCGAGCCCGGGACGGAACGGUGUACCGUCCUCUGGUCAAACUGCUGCGCGCUUUGAGGAUAGAGAAUCCGUGGCUGCAACUUGGUCCUGCUCCCUGUCAACAGCCUGCAGCUCCUGCUAAUGACCAGAGAACCCUACCGUCGACACAAUGUCUCGUGGAGGGAAGGAUUGUGUACAUUGUCCAGUUCUUGGGGGACAAAAACAUUGGAGUGAUUGGAACCAAAAUGGUGUUGCCGCAUGCAAUUUCACACGUGUUGCAGCAAAACCAGCCAAGCAAGGAAGUGCUUUUAGAUUUGCAGGAAACGCACUUAACGUGUACAGAGAGCAGCAGUAAUCUGAUGGUGUGUCAACAUCACUAUCCAGAUAUAUCGUGUGUUGGGAGGUACCCUCAGCCAGAUUACACGAUAUUGGGCUUCUGUGUCGUAAACAGACCAGCAGAAAUUCCAUCCAGGUCCCCGACCAACUUCAACUGUGUGGUGCUCAAAGCUGCCAGCAGUAAGGAAUGCGACGACAUCAUUUGCCGCAUAGGUAAGACAAUAGGUGCCUACCUCACAGAAAUCAGAAUUAAACAUAAGAUGUGUUCCGUUUCUCUUGCAGCCACCGGUUUCAGACAUACAGAGUGGUUUGUAUGAUGUGUAAAUAAACGGUCAAAAGUCAAAAAGUGCAUCAUCAAUAUAUUACACGCACACAAAUGUCUCCUCAUAAAAGAACUUUAAUAGAAAGACGUGACAAUUCUCAAUUAUUAAAAUGUAGCUGCCAGGGUUUUGUUCAAUGUUGGAAAACAUGUAAAAAGCAGUCCAGAAAAAUAAGGGCUGCUCCUUGCACCAAGAGUUGUGUAACAGUAGUCAAAGACAGAUGAUCUGCUGGGCAAGCUGCAUUUUGUGCCAGAAACUGUCAACGGUGCCAACAUGGUUGUUUGUGACACUAUCAUGGAU